AUGAAGGAACGAGGAAAAGCCGAUAAACGUGAAGAGACUAGUCGAAUUUUGAUCGCACUCGGACGGGUGAUGCUCUUCAGCAGUCAUCAACGAGCAGCAAUAAGAGUGCCAUUGCUAAGAUUCUAUCAAGAGUUGCAUGUGUUCGCUGAACGGGCAAUUUUUGACUGCUUGCAGACAGUCGAAGCGGUCGAACGUGCCCGUCUUGAAUAUCGUGGAAGUCUUUUAUGGAUGAAGAAAACGAGUGAAGAGGUCGUAAUUACCGUACCACUUACUUCAUUCACUCUAGUGUUCGUUCCAUGUUUUUGGCGUAAGGAAAAUGAAAUCACGCUUUUCCAAGAUAAACUGAAUUGCUUCCAGCUGGAUCCUGACACUGACCGUCAGCUGGAGAAAUUUCGUGAAGCCCAAUCGGCGGUACGCCUGAACAAAGAGAAGCUCGACAAACUCAAAGUGGAUACUCUUCAAAAGGUGUUUUUCACUACAUAA